AUGGCGACGCCGGGAAGCGAACCCCAGCCUUUCGUGCCUGCCCUGUCGGUGGCCACGCUGCACCCCCAUCAUCAUCCCCACCACCACCACCACGGAGGAGCCGGAGCUAGCGGCGGGGCCGCGGGAGGCGGCGGCGGCGGCGGGGGCUUCAACCUGCCCUUGAACCGGGGGCUGGAGCGCGCGCUGGAGGAAGCGGCCAACUCCGGGGGCUUGAACCUCAGUGCCAGGAAACUGAAGGAAUUUCCCAGGACCGCGGCCCCCGCCCAUGACCUCUCGGACACGGUGCAGGCAGAUUUAUCUAAAAACAGACUGGUUGAAGUUCCGAUGGAAUUGUGCCAUUUUGUAUCACUGGAAAUUCUUAAUCUGUACCAUAAUUGUAUCAGAGUCAUUCCGGAGGCCAUCAUUAAUCUACAGAUGCUGACUUACUUAAAUUUAAGUCGGAAUCAGCUGUCUGCUCUGCCGGCCUGCCUGUGUGGUCUCCCUCUCAAAGUCUUAAUCGCAAGUAACAACAAACUUGGAUCGCUGCCUGAAGAGAUAGGUCAGCUCAAACAGUUAAUGGAGUUGGACGUCAGCUGCAACGAGAUCACAGCCCUGCCUCAGCAGAUAGGGCAAUUGAAAUCCCUACGAGAACUGAAUGUCAGAAGAAAUUACCUUAAAGUUUUACCACAAGAACUAGUAGAUCUUCCCUUGGUAAAGUUUGACUUUUCCUGCAAUAAAGUGCUCGUGAUUCCCAUUUGUUUUAGAGAGAUGAAACAGCUGCAAGUAUUACUGCUUGAGAAUAACCCUUUGCAGUCUCCUCCAGCACAGAUUUGCACCAAGGGCAAAGUGCACAUAUUCAAGUAUCUGAGCAUCCAGGCAUGCCAGAUUAAGACAACAGACUCCCUUUAUCUCCACACCAUGGAAAGGCCACAUUUACACCAGCACGUGGAAGACGGCAAGAAGGAUUCUGAUUCGGGCGUUGGGAGUGAUAACGGAGACAAGCGAUUGUCUGCCACAGAGCCUUCUGAUGAAGACACGGUUAGCCUCAAUGUGCCAAUGUCAAACAUCAUGGAAGAAGAACAAAUCAAGGACGACUCCUGCCAUCGCCUUAGCCCAGUUCAAGGGGAAUUUCAUCAGGAAUUUCAACCAGCACCUUCACUUGUGAGUGACAAUGACAACUCAGGAGAAGACAGAGGCCAGUUUUCCCAUGGAACAGAUGUGCUCCAUUCGGAAUUUAUAAACUACAUGAAGGAAAAGACCGAGGCCUGUGAAGAACUGUUGCGGAUAGAAGAGGAUGCGCACUGGCCAUCCGAGGGGACAAUCAGUGCAUCCAAAGACCAGGACAUCGAUAUAGCAAUGAUUGAACAGCUGAGAGAAGCGGUGGAUUUACUGCAAGAUACCGAUAGAUUAAGCACAGAUAUUACAGAGAGAAGCAUUGUAAACUUUUACCCUGUGAACCCAGCAGAUGACUUGGAAUUGCAAGACUCAGCACUAAAUGGUCAAAUACAGUUGGAGAGGUCUCCAGAAUGUGAGGUACAAAAUGACCUAACAUUACAGAGUAAUGGGAGCGAGUAUUCUCCCAAUGAGAUGAGAGAGAACUCCCCCGCCAUCUCUCCGACCAACACCAGCACAGCUCUGUUUGGCCUGAAACCUCGAUCAGUGUUUCUAAGACCACAGAGAAAUUUGGAAUCUAUAGACCCACAGUUUACGAUUCGGAGGAAAAUGGAACAGAUGAGAGAAGAGAAAGAGCUGGUGGAACAGCUCCGAGAGAGCAUCGAGAUGAGACUCAAGGUCACCCUGCACGAAGACCUGGGGGCCGCCCUCAUGGAUGGUGUUGUCCUCUGCCAUUUGGUCAACCACAUCCGCCCACGAUCCGUCGCAAGCAUCCAUGUCCCCUCACCGGCAGUUCCUAAACUUAGCAUGGCCAAAUGCAGAAGAAACGUGGAGAACUUUUUGGAAGCAUGCCGAAAAUUAGGAGUACCAGAGGCUGACCUCUGCUCUCCGUAUGACAUCCUGCAGUUGGAUUUUCGUCACAUUCGAAAGACUGUUGACACUCUGCUGGCACUUGGGGAGAAACCCCCACAACCAACUUCUGCCCUCCGCUCCAGGGACCUUAUAAGCUUCUGUCUUGUCCAUAUUCUCUUUAUAGUGCUGAUCUAUAUCACUUACCGCUGGAAUGCUCUGCCUCCGUAACGCCUGCAUGUGCAUCCUUACGCUCUGGUCUGUGCCCUGCUCUGUGGCAGGGUCCUUCCUCCCUCUGAGCCUUGGCCUUGCAAACUUCCAUCCCUGUCAUCUCUUCAGUAAUCUCAAGUUUUGAAGCUGAACGUUUAUACAUCAGAUUUUCCAGAAGCACAAACUUUAUAGACUGCGGUUCGCAUUAAAUAAUUUCACUUGCUGAGAGACAGUGAGGACUCGGUGUACCCACAGCUCGUGUUUCCUUGUCCAUGUAGUGCCAGCAGCAGUGCUAUGCAGGGCCUCUUCUCUCUCCCAGUGGGCUUUGCUGCCCUGGGUAGAGCGGAAGAAGUUUCCAGAACAGGAGCAAAGGGGAUUUAGCGUAUGAAAAUCUUCCCAUUGGGUCAGUAUUGAAGCUGAAUCCUAAUUCGGGAUUGGGCAGUUGAGCUGUAGAGGGGCUGCCUUGCUAAGAAGACAGAAAGCAAGCAUUUGGGGUCCAAUUUGGUCUAUAAAAAUCUUUAAUAAUAACCACUGUUGACCAAGUUGAAAAUUACCAUCUGGAAAAUGACUGCUUUGCUGGCUGUCCACUUGGCUUCCUCCCUGCUUCCUGCAGCGGGAGCUGUGAAGGGCAUCAGGGAGGGUGACCGUCCACUUCCACCCUGAGAGAGCCCCUCUGCCCUGCUGCAUGAGAGCUGUGCUGAAGGGUCGAUGGGGAGAAGGGGGCUCACACUGUCAGAGUGCCCCCUGGAGGAUCCACUGCACACCACUCUUUCUGUAUAUUUUUACUUAUUCCUUGUUUGGUCUACUCUGAGGCUCUUAGAAAGGAUUUUCC